AUGUCCAAGUCCAUUGUCAACACCACUCAGUAUCCUUUCCGUUUCGACGUCCCCGUCGCAACCAAGCCCGGCGCAAAAGGCCACAUAGAAAACGUUGCCUUGGAACUCAAAAAUGUGCGCGGAAAGGUUCCCUCCUUGCAGGCCUCACGCCUCCGAACAAUGAUGCUCGAAGCACACAACGACCCGACCAAGAUCCUGGCACACUGCUGUUCGUAUGAUGGACUUUCUUCUCGCCUGGUCGAGGAAGCUGGCUUCCCGAUGGUGUUCCUCGCCGGCUACCCGGUCGCCAGUGCGUACGGCUUGCCUGAUACCGGUUAUAUCGCCAUGGCGGAGAUGUGCGACAAGAUCCAAGAAACGGUGCGACAGACGACAGUCCCGGUCAUGGCGGAUGGAGAUACUGGUUAUGGAAGCCCUAUGAAUGUCAAGCGCACAGUGGAGUCGUUUGCGGAGGCUGGUGCUGCUGGCAUCAUGAUUGAGGAUCAGACGUGGCCGAAGCGAUGCGGCCAUACCAAGGGCAAGUCUGUUGUUUCCAGAGGUGAGGCCUUUGCCCGGAUCCAAGCCGCGUGCGAUGCCAGAGACGAAGGGAAGGAUAUUUUCGUUAUGGCAAGGACAGACUCCUUGAUCCAUGGAUGGGACGAGGCCUUGGCUCGUGCCAAAGAGUUCAAGCGCAUCGGUGUGGACGCUGUUUUUGUGGAAGCGCUUCCUGACCGGGAAUCCAUGAGGAAGUGCGUGGAGGAAGUUGGCAUUCCAACUUUCGCAAACAUCAUCGAGGGAGGAAAGACGGAGAACCUUUCAGCAAAAGACUUGGCUGAGUUAGGCUUCUGUGCUGUCGCAUAUCCAUGGACCCUUGUAGCUGCAAAGCUGAAGAGUAUCCGCGAAACUCUAGAAGCACUGAAGAAGUCCAUGACAGAAGGCCCGCCUCCUAUGAUUCUUUCGUACGCGGAAGUUUGUGAAGGUGUUGGCUUCAACAAAUACUGGGAAUUGGAGGAAAAGUACAAGUUCGACAACAAUGGACUUGUCAACAAACAAGCAUAG